AUGUUGCGUAGCCGUCUAAAACAUAUAGUGAGGACAGGAAGGGCAGCGUCUGUUUGGAUAAAUAGCUCGUAAGUAUUUUUCAAGUCGUUAUUAUUAAAUUUUAGAACACAAACUGCGCAGAACAAGGAUAUUGAUGUGGAGGAAGUUUUUAUCAGGACGGAUGUCCAAUCCCUACUCUACAAAAUUACCGGAUUGGACAUGGAGAGUAAGGUGUUCCGGGAGCGGUCAAUUCCUCAACAACAACGCGCGCAAUAUCAUCUCAUGACGGAUAACAUGCUGAAACAGGUGAAAGUUACAGGUUUUUUGUAGACUCCCUUUAGACAUUGCAUAAGUUUGAAGACAGAGGAAAGAAGUUUCUUCAAAUGGUUCCGUUCAAAGAACCUAGAAGGAGAGAAUUUGAGAUAUUGGCGAAGGAUCCAGAGAUUGUUGGAUUCGAUCAAUCAAAAUUUGUGUUCACUGACAUUACAUUCGAUGCUACCAAUAGAGUAAGUACUCAUUUCCUAUAAUUUUGUGUUUUCCUUAGGAUCGUCUGGUGGUUAUCCGUGAAACUGACGGGACAUUAAGAACAGCAUUACCAACUGAGCACGAUAGAAUGAAUCGGGUCUACUAUGAACAACCAGAUAGGCCGGUUGUUCCGCCUGCUGUUUUUAGUGAUCCCGAAUUGUCGGUAAGCAUUAUAAAUCUGAUAGAUUACAUUGACCAAACUGAAAUGAACUAGGAUAUUUACUUUGUAUGUGACCGGAUAAUACUGUAUAUUUUCUUUUCAGAAGGCCUUGGAGAAAGAUAAACACGAGUUUAUUUUGGACUGGGGAUGCUAUUUUUAUGAGCCGGAUUGUCCAGACUUUGCGGAGGUAUGACACAUAUAAUUUUCUAGUAUAUUUCAGCUGUCUAAACGUGUGUUUGAUGACGCCAUCGAAAAAGAUAAGUUUAGCUUGCUCUAUUCAACUCGGCACUUUGGGCCGUUGGUCUUCUACAGUCUUUUAAAUAAUAAGAUUGCUCCAUUAUUGGAGUUUUUCGGAUCUCGUUCAGAGUAAGUACUGUAUCAGGAUGGUUGGACAUCAUAUUAUUUUAGACUGGAAGGUGCCGCCUCCCUUGUGUGCCUUUACAAGACCAUGUAUCCGGAUUGGAGAACGGCCAUUUCUUCUGCCGACACACCUCAUCGGAUACUGCAAGACUAUCUGAAACAGAAUAAGCCAAUUGUUAAGAGAGUUCCCAAACUCGUUGCUGCCCUUGAAGGCAAAACUGGAAAGACUUAG